GAGAUGUGGAUGGCGAGAGGAAUAACACCCUUCUAGAUUGAAGACCGACGAAACGAAUGAGCCUUCCCCAGUAAACUCCACCAUUAGUGCCAAUUAUCAAACACAGCUAUCCCUCCGGACCUUCCUGGGUUAGAAAUCUCCAAGCCCCAUUGACUUUAGAUCUUCACUAAUCUAUCUUAAUCUCAACUAUGCAGUGUCUGAUAUGAUUCUGUAGCGAAGGAGAAAAGAACAUUCCCCUGGUUUUUUGUUUUUUCCAACUUGAGGAGAGAAGAAGUGCAAACUGCAAACCCCAUUUCUCUCCUGUGUAGCUGGCCUCUGUCUCUCUCUCUCUUUCUCUUGCAAAAUCCCCACCUAAAAACCCCCCAAGACUGAAGCACAAAAGGACCCAUCUGUUUCUUUUUCAUUCCCUUUUCACCAUUGUCACUGCUUGUCCUUCUUUCGCUGUGGUUAGCUUGUUGGAGCUCGGAAGCAGAGGAAAGAGGGGAUUUUUUUCUUUUGGGUUUCCCUCAAGUCUUGAUUUUGUUGUUUGCCAAUCUUUGUGUGGGAGCGGUAGUAUGUACAGAUCCGGUGCUGUGAUGGCUUGGAACGUGUUCAAAUUCUGCACGGCGCUCCGCGGUCUCGGCUCGAUCAUGAUCCUGCUCGUCUUGGGGGUCGUCGGCGUCACCUACUAUGCCGUCGUCUUGACCAAUUACGGUCCGAGCUUGUACGAGGGCGGGCUCGACUCCUUCGUUGCUCUUGGUGUCCUGAUCUUGUUUCACUGCCUGUUGGUGAUGCUGCUCUGGAGUUACUUUUCAGUCGUGUUGACGGACCCCGGGAGUGUGCCACCCAAUUGGAGGCCUUCUGUUGAUGAGGAGAGAGGAGAGAGCGACCCAUUGAAUGGUUCGGACUUCAGCAUUUUGCAGUCUGAUCUAUCUCACACGAGAAUACGCUUCUGUCGGAAGUGCAACCAGCCAAAACCGCCAAGAUGCCAUCACUGUUCUGUUUGUGGAAGGUGUGUACUUAAGAUGGAUCAUCACUGCGUGUGGGUGGUUAACUGUGUUGGUGCUUUGAAUUAUAAAUACUUUCUGCUUUUCUUGUUCUAUACAUUUCUGGAGACAAGUGUAGUUACUUUAUCAUUACUCCCGCACUUUAUUGCAUUCUUUAGUGAUGGAGAGAUACCUGGAACACCUGGAACACUUGCAACAACUUUUCUUGCCUUCGUCCUCAAUUUGGCUUUCGCAUUGAGUGUCCUGGGGUUCCUGGUCAUGCACAUUUCCUUGGUUGCUGCUAACACGACGACAAUAGAGGCAUAUGAAAAGAAGACCACUCCAAAAUGGCGUUAUGAUCUUGGACAGAGAAAGAAUUUUGAACAGGUAUUCGGGACGCAUAGACUCUACUGGUUCAUUCCAUCUUAUUCAGAAGAGGACAUAAGGCGGAUACAGGCGCUUCAGGGUCUUGAAUAUCCGUCGUGGCCCGGUUUCGACAGCGAAGAGUUCUGAGGAGAACUCGCUGCGCGUUCUCAGGGAGGUUGACCUAUUGACCCGAUAUACACGGAGGCCCCGCCACUAACUGUUUGUUAUUUACUGAUGCACCUUACUCAGGGCUUCCUUUGUGCUGAUACCACCGUGGCUCUCCUUGUAGAAAUAGCUCUGUGAGAGAGAGAGAGAGAUUCAACAAAGGGAUCGCCGAUCUCCGAGUUCUGUUUCCAUGGUCUUGGGCUGCGAUGUAACAUAUGCAUUAUUUUAACUUAGGCAAGUGUAAUAUCGGAUAUUGUGAAACUUUGCCCUCGAUCAAUUUUUAACACAUUCAUCUUUGAAGUUGAAUGUACCUGUAUGCUGCGGAUGUAGAUAACAGUUUACAUGUCCAGAAUUUGUGGAAGUCA